UACCAACAAACAUGCCAAACUUCACCCUGAGAAACGGCCUAUUUUGUACUAAAGAAGAGCAGAAAAAGCGGUCGGCAUGAACGAAGCGGAUGAUCUUCGACAGCACAGCAAUCAAAUUCCUGAAGAAAAGCCGGAGAUGGAACUGCUCGGAGCCCUAAAGCUGCAGGACGAAAUAAACCGAAGCGCAGAUGUCCAGCAGCUGAUUAAAGAAGAGAUGCCUCAUGAAUGGAGUCCCAGUGUGGAGCAGAAGGUCCCAGAGCACCACCGCAUAAAGGAGGAACAGGAAAAACUCUGGGACGGUCAGGAGGGAAAGGCAUUUAUUUCUGUGAAAAGCGAAGAUGAAGAAGAAAAACCUCAAUUCUUAGAGCUUCACCAAAGCAAAACUAACAACAAUAGCGAGGCAGAGCCUCCACCCAGCAGCUCAGAUAAACAGAUGAAAACAGAAACUGAUGAAAACGACUGUGGAGGACCACAGCCUGCCAAGAACCCAGAUUCAGACAUUCAUUCACCUCUUACAAAGGCUUCUGAGUCUCUUGAGAGUGAAGUCAGUACUGAUGAUGAUGAUGAUCAUAAUGAUGAAGAUGAAGACUGGCAGACAACUUUAUCAGAUUGUGGAACUGAAACUGAUGGUACUGACAAUAGCUGGAAGCACACCAGGGCACCUAAUUGUAAAAGCAAAAAUCUAGUUAGCUGUUCUGAGUGUGGGAAAGAGUUUAAGCAAAAGCAAUCUCUUAACAGCCACAUGACAAUUCACACAGGAGAGAAACCAUUUGGUUGUGAUGAAUGCGGUAAAAGAUUUAGUAAGCGGAGUGGUCUGACAGCACAUGUGAAAGUUCACAUGGGAGUUAAAGCGUUUAGUUGCAGUGUUUGUGGUAAAAAGUUCUACCAACAGGCAAUUCUGAACGCACACAAGAUAGUUCAUACUAAAGAACAACGAUUUGGUUGCAGCACUUGUAGUAAAAGAUUCAAACGUCAAAGUGAUCUUACCGUGCACAUGAGCGCGCACGCAGAAGUGAAACCAUUUGGCUGUGGUCAGUGUGGCGUGAGAUUUACACGACAGGGAAGUCUGCUGAGGCACGCUGUGCUCCACACGGGAGAGAAACCAUUUCGUUGUGAUAUUUGUGAUAAGAAAUUUUAUCGAAGGGCACACCUUAAGAGACAUGCACCUGCUUGCAGGAACGUUCACGCUAUUGUGUGCGACAAAACAAAGAAACUGUUUGCUUGUGAUGAAUGUGGGAAACGUUAUAAGAGAAACACACACCUUAGGAGACACAUGGUUGUCCACACGGGAGAAAAACCUUUUUCCUGUAGUGCCUGUCAUAAAAGAUUUUCACGACAGGAAAAUCUGAAGAAGCACAUGAAAGUCCACAUAUAACAAAAACUGCACAAAGUUUGUCUUUAACUGUGUGGUUUGUGUUGGUAAGUGACACGCAGGAAAACAAACGAUCAGUUUUCCCUGAUUUGGAGAAAGAAAUAUGUUUUUGUAAAAGGUUUUUAUAAUGUUUAAAGAAGAAAUGUGAGAUAUUUUUUCUACCUUC